UGCUGAAAGUACUUCGAUACACUUGUAUAUCUUGAAAUGACGGGAGCACCUCAACUCGUGUUCAACAACGGCCGCACGUGCCCUGUCAUCGGCUUGGGGACUUGGAAAUCCAAGGCCGGUGAAGUGACGCAAGCAGUUAAAGACGCGAUCGACGCCGGUUACAGACAUAUUGACUGCGCCCAUAUUUACGGUAAUGAAAAGGAAGUCGGUGAGGCUUUAAAAGCGAAGUUUGAAGAAGGUGUUAUUAAGCGGGAAGAUAUCUUCAUCACAUCUAAAUUAUGGUGCACCUUCCACCGUCCGGACCUCGUGGAGGGAGCGCUGAGGACAACCCUGCAGGACCUCUGCCUGGAGUAUUUGGACUUGUACCUGAUUCACUGGCCUCAAGCUUUCAAGGAAGACGGUGAACUGUUUCCAAUUGACGACGCAGGCAAGGUAAUUCCAUCCCCCGUGGACUAUGUCAACACUUGGAAGGCUAUGGAGACGCUCGUCGACAUCGGCCUGACCAAGAGCAUUGGUAUAUCUAACUUCAACAAGAAACAGAUUGACAGGCUGAUGGAAGCCGCCAGGAUUAAACCAGCAGUUUUACAGAUCGAAGUUCAUCCCUAUCUGAAUCAAGAGAAGCUUAUUAAUUACUGUCGUUCUCUUGGAAUCACGAUCACUGCGUACUCGCCGCUAGGAUCUCCGGACAGACCCUGGGCAAAGCCUAGUGACCCUCAACUCUUGGAGGACCCUCUACUGAAGGCGAUAGCUGAUAAAUACAACAAGACUGCUCCUCAAGUCCUUAUCAGAUACGCUAUAGACCGCAACCUGAUUGUGAUCCCGAAGUCAGUAACCAAGAGUCGAAUCAUUCAGAACUUCGACGUGUUCGACUUCCAGCUGUCUCCCGAGGACAUCGAGAAGAUCGGCACCUUGGAAUGUAACGGCAGACUGUGCACUAUGAGCGAUUUUCAUCACCCAGAUUAUCCGUUCGCGGAUGAAUAUUAACAUAAGCAUUAUAUCACAUAUAAAUAAAAGAAAAAAUACAAAUUGAAAGUUACUUUCACAUUAAAACUAAUAAAUUGGUUGUUUUUUGGUAAUGCCUAACUGAAGAAAACUAUUAAACUUAUACUAGAAGAUGCAGCACAUUCCGAAAUGGUUUUAGUAAUUAAUAUUAUUAAAUAAGUACCUCUCUGCAUUUUGCAGUUUCACACGGUUUUAGUAUAGAAUAUCGACGUGAAAAACGUGAAUUUAAUUUUCUUCAGUUUUCAGAUCAAACCAACAGAUUCUUAAUUUUUUUCACGCAUUAUUUAAAAUUCGUUAAAGGAGAAAGAGAAUCACGUUUGAAGCACUAAGCCUAAAUCAACAAAGCACCUUGUAGAUAUUAUGUAUUUACUUAUUUACAUAAGCUUCUAUUGUUUGCGCAUUUAAAAAAAUAUAUCAGUAUUUUUAUAACUUGUAAGAUUUAAAAAUGGCGCUAUUUUUGACACAAUAAAUUGGUUUAUAAUC